AGAGCAGCAGAAGCAGAGACCAACUUCUCCUUUAUCCAGCUGUGAGUCCAUGAAGGAUGAUUCUAUGGAACUUGUUAUAUUUUUUAAAGAUGGACAAUCUGCUGAACAAACACGUGGUGACAGUCAUUCCACUAACAUGGAUAAGUAUGAAACGUUGGAGAAAAUUGGGAAAGGUGGAUUUGGAUCAACCAUCCUUGUCAAAUCCAAAGAGGAUGGACAACAAUAUGUCAUUAAGAAGGUACAUGGCAUAUCUGAAAUGUCGACUGAAGAGAGGCAGAAAGCUCAACAAGAAGUUGAAGUUCUUUCCAACCUGAGUCAUCCCUUCAUUGUACAGUAUAAGGAAUCUUUUGAAGUUUUAAAUGAUCCAAACACAAACUGUCUGUAUAUAGUGAUGGACUGCUGUGAAGGUGGAGACCUCUCCAAGAAGAUCAAAUCUCAGAAAGGAAAACUUUUCUCAGAAGAGCAAAUCUUGGACUGGUUUGUGCAGAUUUGUUUGGCACUAAAACACAUCCAUGAUAGAAAAAUCCUCCACAGAGACAUUAAACCACAGAACAUAUUCUUGACUAAAGAUGGGACUGUACAGCUUGGAGACUUUGGAGUUGCAAGAGUGCUGAACAGCACUGGAGACCUGGCAACAACACAGAUAGGAACACCACUUUACUUUUCACCAGAGAUCUGUGAGAACAAACCUUACAACAACAAAAGUGAUAUUUGGGCCCUAGGUUGUGUCCUGCAUGAAAUGUGCUCUCUUCAGUCAGCAUUUAAGGCUGGUAAUAUGGGGGAAGUAUGUCUGAAGAUCAUCCGUGGUUCAUACUCUCCUGUGUCUGAUCACUACUCCCAAGAACUGCGCUCUCUCUUGGCUCAGCUGUUGGAUUGUGACCUUGAAAAGAGACCCUCAGUCAGCAGCAUACUGAACAAACCUUUCCUCUGCUGCAGGAUACAGAAGUUCCUCACACCACAGAUCAUUGCUCAUGAAUUUGGCCCUGAAGAGGGAGUGAUACUGGGGUCAGCAGACCUUUACACCUUUCUCUCCAAACUUGGACUGCAGAAAUUUUAUCCCAACAAGCUCACUCUUCGCUCUCUUUUGGAAAUCAACAAAAACAAUAUUCAUAAUGAAACUGUUGAAUCCUUGGAGAAAAUACCAUGGUGCUUUCUCAGGAAACUCUUUCAAAUCAAUGCAAAAUGCAGAAACUGUACACAAUUAUCAAAAGAUGAUGAUGAUGAUGAUGAUGAUGAUGAUGAUGAUGAAGAAGAUGAAGAUGAAAACAGUGAUCUGUUUGACUCUGCAGACAAGGUUAACCCUCUGGACCUCAUAGUUGCACUCUUUCAUUGUGCUGACAGCUUCUUGCAACAGGAAAUGGCCCUCAAGAUGUCAAUGUGUCAGUUUUCUGUCCCACUGCUGUUGCCUCAUGUCAAUAACAGUCAGUCUACUCUGAUGCUGUGGGCUCUGAGAGACAUCGUCAAAGAGUGGCGUCCACAGGAUUUAUCUGAAUCAAGAGGAUUUGUUGAAGAUAGUAUUGUUCAAGCAAAUAUACCAUUCUUUACCUUUGUCAGGCUGAAAAACUGUAGUCUCUCCAAGUCACAGGUUUUGAAUUAUGUUCUGAGUUGUGAUGAGCAGAAUCACAACAUCUUCAUGCACAGAGAUAUGGAAGGAGGAAGACUUAAAAGAAGAAUAGCCAAUGGUUUGGUGGAGCUUUGCUGGUACCUUCCCUGUGGCAGAGAAGGUGACAUAUUUCCAGGACCAGUGGCCUUUGCCAAUUUGAGAGGAGACAUUUCUGAGUCACUGGAACAAUUCAAUUUUCUUUAUCAAGAGUCAACUGCUACCUUUGUGUUCCUGGACAAAGUUGAAGAAAAUGAGCACAAGAUUCUGACUUCUCUUCAAGAUGUGAAAUCCAAACUCUGCUUUGUUGUUAAUCGCAAAAAGGGGAAUGCAAGAGAGGAGACAACACUAAAAGAGUUACAGCUACCAUAUAGCAGUGUGAAAAAAAAAAACCCAAGUGUAAAUGUUGCAGAGUUUUCCAAGAAACUUUGUACAACCAUCAAGAAAUCACUGACAAAAGAAACCAACAAAGUUAUCAUCGAAAAUAUGGUUGACAAAGCUGUUGAACUUGGUCUGUCUGUGGAUGAAAACAAAAGUCACGAACAAAAGAAAUCAGCAGAGGAGAUUGUGAAAGGAAUUGGGAAGCAGAAGAUACCAGACUACAAGAAACAACAACUUCCUUUGCAGGGAGAAAACUGGAAAACAUUAUCACGACUGGACAUGGAGGAAUGUAGAUUGAAAAAAGCUGGUGACAUUGGACUGGAGGAAUAUAAAUCUCAGCUACAGGAGAAAAAACAACAAAUCAGGAAGGAGCAAAGCAAAUACAAAUUGACCACAGCCAUGAAAAGUUUUAUUGAAAACUUAUCCAAAUGUGACAAAGACAGAAGAGAUUGCUUUCUUAAGUGGAUGAAAUUUCAGCUGAAUUCACAUUUAGAAUCUGACAGUCAUCUAUCUUCAGCACGUAAUGAACUGAAAGAUCACUGUGAUGAAAAAGAGAAAGAUGUAAAAAUCAAUGCAGAGUUAGUUCAGACUUUGCUGGAAAGCUCUUUAGGAGUAGAGCAUUACAUGAGAGAGAUGGGACUCAUCUAUGAGUUCUCAAUUAAUGGCUCAAGAAACACUGCUGAUGAAAUAUCUGGUCUCCCUGGUUUGGCUGCUGAGAUGAUGUUGGAUGGAUUUCCUUUAGAGCUCUUGGAUGGAGAUGCUUCCAACAUCCCAGAGAGAUGGGUGACAGAUGUGCUGAUGGAGCUUCACAAGAAGGUUGGAGAACAGAGCAGACUGUUAGUACUGACUGUGCUGGGUGUUCAAAGUACAGGGAAGUCAACUCUCCUCAACACCAUGUUUGGUGUGCAGUUUCCUGUCAGCAGCGGCAGAUGCACAAGAGGAGCUUAUAUGCUCUUCCUCAAAGUUGGAGAGGAUAUGAAACAUGAGUUGAACUGUGAUUUUAUAGUUCUUAUUGACACAGAAGGUCUAAAGUCUCCACAUUUGGCACAACUAGACGACAGUGAUGAGCAUGACAAUCAGCUGGCAACCUUUGUGAUUGGCCUAAGUGAUGUCACCAUUAUUAACAUUGCAAUGGAGAACUCAACAGAAAUGAAAGAUGUUCUCCAAAUUGCAGUUCACGCCUUCCUGAGAAUGAAGGAAAUUGGUAAAAAGCCAGUUUGUCAUUUUGUGCAUCAAAAUGUUGCUGGAGUUUCCGCUCAUGCAAAGAACCUCACAGACAGAAAGUAUCUCUUGGACCAGCUCAAUGAAAUGACACAAAUUGCUGCUGAAAUGGAAAAGAAUCAUUCUAUUGAAGCAUUUACAGAUGUGCUGGACUAUGACAUUGACAAAAACAACUGGAACAUCCCAGGACUCUGGCAUGGAACCCCUCCGAUGGCAUCAGUGAGCACAGGUUACAGUGAAGCUGUAGCAGAUUUAAAGAAACAUCUUUUGGGGACAGAAAACAGAAGCAGUGAAGUCUCACAGAUCCCAGAGUUUCUAGAAUGGAUUAAAAGUCUCUGGAAAUCAGUGAAAUAUGAGAACUUCAUCUUUAGUUUCAGAAACACUCUUGUGGCUCAGGCCUAUGAUAACCUUAGCAAAGAGUUCAGUCAAUGGGAAUGGCAGUUCAGAAAAGAAAUCCUGUCCUGGCAAACAGAUGCUGAGUCGGAAAUCUUAAAUUCUGACUCUGAACUCCAACAAUUAAAUGAAUUGGCUAAAUCAAAAAAAUCAGAGGUGUCAGAAAAAGUAAAACCUGAAAAAAUAAAAAUGGAGGACAAACUUACAAACUACUACAAAAAGAAAGGCCAGAAUGUAAAUCUGAUAGAAAAAUACAAGAUUGAAUUUUUCAACAGCAUCAGUAGUCUUGCAAAGGAAAUACAAUAUUCAGUGAACAACAAACUGGAUUGUGCACUUCACAUGAGACAAAGUUCCAAAGAGGUUCAAGACAUUCAUAGAAAAUACAGAGGAGUGAUUGAGCAGCGGGUGAUGAAGCUCCUAAGUGACUGUAAAACGUCCAAACUGUCUGAUAAACAGCUGAAUGAGGAGUUUGAAAAGAUGUGGACUGGUGUCACUAAAAAUGUGUCUGGUCUGAAAGAACAAAAUAUAUCUGAAAACAUCCUCUUCCACUUGAGAAAAAACUUCCUAAACCGUAAUGUCAAUGAGGAAUUACAGAACAUUGGAGACCUAACAAAAAUGGGGAAGAGUGAGUUUAAGGCCAGGAUGUCAUUUCAUGUAAGAAAUCCAAAGACCUUAAAUCUGUUACGCAAAAAAGACAAGAAAAGAUAUUUGCAGAACAAAGCUGAUAACAUCAUUGAGUCUUGUAAACGUUUUGUGGCUGAUAUCGUAAAGAGAAACACAGAUUAUCAUGAGUCUUUCACAAAGGAACUUCUGGACAAAAUCGAUGAGUCCCUUAAAAAUAUCAGCAAGGAUUACAAAAUCAAGUUUGAGAUUGAUCUGAAACUUCACAUUUGUGGCAUUGCCUCAAGGGAAUUCCUCAAAAUGCACCAAAAAUACUUGUCUGAUAAUGAUCCUCGAACUCAGCUGGAGAAGUACAAGACUCAGUAUUUGUCAGAUUUCCUUGAUUUAUACAAAGAGAGAGAUGAUUGUCAACGCAAAGCAGAUGAUUUUGUCAGAUGCUGUAUCAAACCUGCUGUGGAAGAGUUCAUCAAUAGAUCUUUGGGAAUAGACAUUGUGGAUGAAAUAGUGACAGGUUGUCAUUCAGAAGAGUACAGCUCCCGCUCCUUUUUCCAGUACAACAUUCAGGAAGAGUUGCUGGAAAAUGAUGACUUUAACAGUUGUGUCAAGUACAUCUGUAAUUAUGAAAUAUAUGUUAAGGAUUGGAUAUUUCAGCGCAUCCAGAAACAAAUGUCAGAGGACAAAACUUUGUGCAAACUGAAGAACAAGAACCUUCAAGUCAUAGUUGAUAAAAUCACAGCAGCAUUAGAGCAGGCCACAAAAGGACCAGAUGAUGUUCAACUGCCAGACAACAUUAAAAGCAUCACAGAGCUCAUCAGCAACAUGCAGAAAUAUUUGACUAAAUACAUCUCAAUCUCAGAGGAGGAUAAAGAAACCACCCUGUUUCAAAUCAGAAGCAAAUGUCAUCCAUUUAUCAACAGCCUCAAAAUGUCACUAGAAGACUUGAACAAACAGCUUCAGGAGGAAUUCUCAAAGUCUGAAGACAUCACUGAGACUCUGAACAAACUUCCAAUCAAACCACAGGAUGAGCUUUUCAAGAGAGUGUUUGGUUGUGGAAAGCAAUGUCCAUUUUGUAAAGUUCCCUGUGAGGCUGGAGGAAAAGGACACGAUCAGCAUCAUGCAGCUGUUCAUCGACCAAAAGGUCUUAGUGGAUACAGGUAUGAAAACAAUCAGAAGCUGGUUGAAACACUGUGUACAACUUCUGUGCACAGUGAAGCUAAAUUCAAAAACUCAGAUACUAAAUGGGAGUAUCAUCCUUACAAAGAGUAUUACACUUACUAUCCAGACUGGAACAUUCCUCCAGAUCGCAGCAUAGAGUCAUCUGACUACUGGAAGUAUGUACUGGUACGAUACAAUGACAGAUUUGCUAAAGAAUACAAUGCUAAGCCAGCUGAUGUUCCAGAGGCCUGGAGGAGAAUCACAAAGGAACAAGCACUGAAGGGGUUAAAAGAUGCCUUCAACAUAAAGUGAACAAUGUAAAAAUGUCUUCAAACAAAACUGAACAAA